GCAGACGUGGUGUUCGGUCUGAAUCGCUCGUGUCCCGUCCACGUAGAGGGAGUGAAACAGCACCUGCUGCCAUUCUGGCAUUACGUCAAUGGUGGACGUCUCAUUCGCUGGUUUGGGAGGAGUUACCGUGACCGCCAUUGUUCGAGCUCCUUCGUAUUGAAGAACGUGAUCAGUAAAUUCGUACCGUCACGUUACCGAUUCCGACGGAUUUGUGUCUCCCUUGUAGAUUUCUGCGACGACGGUACACGACAUCACUGAGCGUGUUCUGAGCAUAGCAUGUCCACAAUGAAUCCCGAGUAUGAUUACCUGUUCAAAUUGCUCUUAAUUGGAGACUCAGGAGUUGGAAAAUCAUGUCUGUUACUCCGCUUUGCUGAUGAUACAUACACAGAAAGUUAUAUCAGUACUAUCGGAGUAGAUUUUAAGAUAAGAACAAUCGACCUAGAUGGAAAAACAAUAAAAUUGCAAAUCUGGGAUACGGCUGGUCAAGAACGGUUCAGAACAAUUACAAGUUCUUAUUACAGAGGUGCACACGGUAUUAUUGUUGUGUAUGACUGCACGGAUCAAGAAACAUUCAACAAUGUGAAACAGUGGCUAGAAGAAAUCGAUCGUUAUGCCUGCGACAAUGUCAAUAAGCUGCUGGUCGGCAAUAAAUGCGAUGUUCAUACUAAGAAAGUAGUCGAUUAUACAACAGCAAAGGAAUAUGCAGAUCAACUUGGAAUUCCAUUCUUGGAAACAUCAGCAAAAAAUGCGAUGAAUGUAGAACAAGCUUUCAUGACAAUGGCUGCGGAAAUAAAACUUAGAGUAGGUCCUCCAUCGAGUGGGAAUAGCGAUCCAGCAAAUAAGGUGAAAAUAGAGCAUGGACGUCCAAUCGAACCUUCUAAAUCUGGAUGCUGCUGAGAAAUGUAAUCUACAUUUCUGUAACCAAAAAGGACAUCUUAUGGUGGCAGUUUUUGACUGCUUAAGAAAACAUUACCAGAAGAAAUACAAAAAUCAUGGAAGUUUCAGUUUACAUUAUUAAAAAAAAAAAAACGAGGUGUGAAGCAUUAUCAAUUAUGGACCACCAACUCUAUUACAGAGUUGAAUAAAAUAACUUCUGUUCUAUCUUUUUUCUUCAAAAAAGGAGAACAUAGUUACUCACUCGCUAAUACCUAGUGCAAAAAAAAAAUCGAUUAUAGGCAAAUUGUCAUUAGCAUCAAAAGUCAUUGAUUUUACGCGACGAUGCGUGUAACGGCAAUUCGAGUUUAUAAUUAAAUUAAAUAAUAUUGUGUAUCGUGGUUAUAAAAAGUAAGCACUCUUAUUUUUUAGCGUAAUUAUAAAAUGUAUAAUUGAAUGGUUUUUUUUCUUUUCGUUGUCUUAGAAGGGGGUCGUUCUUAAUGUUUGUACUACCCAGACAUAUUUUCCAUAUUUUAUUCCAAACUUUUUCUUGUCGCGAACAAGAAUUAGAUUAAUAACGUACUGAAACAUACCGUCGUUGCUGCCUCCCUCUUUUUUCAGUGCUCAUUAGUGUAAUUUAAUAACAUUAUAUUAAUAAAUAUUUCAACACUAAUACACAAAACGCAAAUAGCAUACCCAUGUGUACGAGGAAUAAUUGAAAAAAAAAACAUUAUACAUGUUUCACCCGAUAACUUCUGUAAGGGUUACAUAAGUUUUUAAAAAAACUUGUGCUACUUGCGAUGUUCGUAACGUCGUUCGCCUAUUAUAAAUACGUCGUGUCGUUUGAUAAGUGUUCGAACGCUUGGUAAAUAAUCGAUAUCGUUUGUCUUGUUUUUACAAAAUAAGCGCAUAUUCAUACAGCUGUUCGUUUCAUAAGAAUUUGUAAGAUUAAAAAUUUAGCUAAAAUCUCUUUUGUAUCGGUUCUUUACUGUUCGAAAUAGUUAAUAUUAUUUUAUAUUACAUACUCGA